AUGAAGCUUCAAUUGGUAUUCACUGCUAUCCUUGGCUUUGUCCCCGUGGCCCAGCCAGCAAAGGUUCGAUUCCUUGAAGUAUCUCAAGCCUGUAUCGAUGCUGAUGCUGCGCUGGAGGAUAACGAACAAUUGAUUGCAUCUUCUGAUGAUGCAAGCAACGAGCUUAGCAGUGCUCUGAUCGCCGCUGAUGGGAAUGAUGACGGGUUUUGCUCUGUUGUCGCCAACACGAGUUUAGUUUGUACGGAUAUUGACUUUGAUGAAGUGACUCCAUCGCAGGAUAAGAUCAUCACGGCGUGCUAUGGUAUCAGUGGCGCCCGGGCUUACAAAGCCAACAUUGACCUUCAAUGUAGCGGUGAACAGACUGUUGCAGCCUCCUUCUCCAACGUGGUUGGUUGCUUCCCCAAGGAAUGCUCUGAUGAUGAGUUGACGGAAUCCGCCAGUGCUGCGACGUCGGAUCUCAAUGACGCUCUUCUCCUCCUUGUUGGCGGCGGAGACGGUACUACCUGUAAUUCCACCAUCACCGAAGCAAAGAUUGUCCCGAAUCCUUCGGCUGCAUCAUCGACCCAUAGCAUCAUGGUUGGAAUUGCCAUCGCCGGGAUUACGGCUCUUUUGGGUGCCUCAAGUGACAUCUGGUAGAAUUGAAUCAUUCAAUCGAUGGUUUCCUUCCAUGGCUAUUUUCAGAUUUCCAAACUUUUAUGCUGGUGCAUUUUUGGAUGUGCAUCUGUGAAAGCAAAAGCAUGUUUGCGUUAAAACAGCAUGUAACAUUAGUAGUGGUUCCGUUGUACGAU